UGCGCCCAGCGCAGCCGGCGGCGGGACCGCCACAGCCCCGUCGGCCAUGAACUCGGGACCAGAGCCCCGGACACCCCGGACAUUAUUCAGCAUCGCCGACAUCCUAGGCCCGCGCCUGAUCCCCCGAGGACCCUCUACGUCCCAGCUUCCAGAGUCGAGUCCUGGUCCCACGUCGCCUCUGUGCGCGCUGGAGGAGCUGACUAGUAAAACUUUCCGCGGAUUUGACUGGCACGCUCCGGAGCCCUCUGAAGGCCGCGCCGCCCCGAGUGCUCUGGGCCCUGGCCAGGCUGGCCGCAGACGGCGAAAGUCACGCACGGCGUUCACUGCGCAGCAGGUGCUGGAGCUGGAGCGACGCUUCGUCUUCCAGAAGUACCUGCCGCCUUCUGAGCGCGACCGGCUGGCGGCGAGGCUCGGCUUGGCCAACGCACAGGUUGUCACGUGGUUCCAGAACCGGCGAGCCAAGCUCAAGCGCGACGUGGAGGAGAUGCGCGCCGACGUGGCCUCGUUGCGCAUGCUGUCCCCCGAAGUUCAGUGCCGCCUCUCGCUGCCUGACGGCACCCCACGCCCCGUCCCUGGCCGGCCUGACUCCGGGCCCCACCUGUCAGAAGAGGAGAUACAGGUGGACUAAUGAAGGCAAAGCCGCCGCCGCCCUGGGCACCUGGAUCCCCGACUCCUUGCCUCCGUGCUCCGCGCCCUGUCUGGGUACUAGGGUGGAGGGAGGGUGUGGAUCUGGCCUCCUCUGGCUCACAGUCCAGACACUCACUUUUCCCAAUUGUUGAGAAUAAAAUGGAGA